UUUCCCGUCAUUUUUUGUGCAGUUACUCUUAUGCAAGUAAAUUUCAGAGCCUUAUUGGUUUCAAAGCAUAUUGUUCUUGAUCAGAGAGAAAAUCAACUCCUUUAACGAGGUCAUGGAAUUUGAUUUGGAUCCUUUUGUUGAUACUAUUCCUGAGCACGUCAGCUGUAAUGCCAGGGCUGGGGGCAAGUUCCAACCAAAGUCCAAAGCACGGCCCAAAAAAGAAACACUAAGCACGCUACCCAUCAGUUUCUCCAGUGCCACAAAAGAAACGCCUGUCAUAACAACCUCCAGUCCUGAUGCUGCAGCCAGAAAGUCCAUAACACCAGCCACCAACCUUCAAGAUUCUGUCCAAUCUCUUUUUCCCAUGGUUCCAGGACAGAGUGGAGCGAUUGAUUCAAUUCAUGUAUCGUCCUUUUCUGUAAAUACUUCUAUCAUAAGGCAGUGUGUUAGGACGGUAGAAGAUCCUUCUUCUAAACUUAUUGGAGCUGAAGUGCUGGUCAACAAAACUGAGACUUCCCAUUCUGGAGUUCAGCCAUCUGAUGGUGACAGAAGUUUUGAAACUGUGGGCUCUUUAUCCCAAGUCGCCAUAAGCAAAGAGGAUGCAGGCUCCAUGAAUGCUCGCUUUUCAGAAGCUUCCAUCUCCAACAGCAAUAUGAACAUUCAUUCUGGUUUUGGAAAGUUGGGAGGAGAGGCUGGCGACAUUUUUUUCGAGCUUGAAUCUCUUGACAAUAUUCUUUUUCAAUCCAACACUUCGACUGUUGGUACUGAAAAUAACUUCUACUGUAAUGUUGAAGUGAGUUCUCUGCCAGGAAACAAGCUAAUAACAUCUCAUCCUAUUACUAGUAAUGCUGUGGACUCGAAUGUUCCUCUUAGGGACCAUAUCUUUCAUUCUUCCAACCAUCAGGACUCAGAGGAAGAACGUUGUGUUCAAGUUCAUUCUUCUGUCAACUCUUCAACCUUCCAGCAAUGUAAUGCCAAUGCAACUGGUGUUUCUGCUGAAUUGAUUUUGCCCCAUGAGCCUGUAAACUGCAGUGAAGCUGCAGCUUGUGAUUGCAGCAGGCAUAUCCAGAUAGAUAAUCUGAGGUCUGCAAUAGAGGAAGCAGAGGCAUUUCAUGGAUUGGAAACUCUUGAUGUUAUUUCUGAAGCCACCAUUGUUCCUGUUAAGGAUAGGGGCAAAUUCUGGUCCAAGAGCAAGGCCCAAAAUGAGAAUGAUAGGCACAUCACUUCUCUCAGUUUUCCUGAUGCCAUGGAGUCCAUUUCUUGUCCUGGAGAUGCUCAGUUGACUCCUCAAAUCUACUUGGAUGAGAGUUCAGUUCGAUCCUUUUGUUCUGACGGCUCUCUUGAUAACUCAACUAUGAGGUUCUCUGCGACUGCCCCUUCAGAUUGUCCCCCUGAAAUUUUGGUGACUGAAGAGCACAGAAACCUUGUUGAGGCAUCUCACUCAGAUGUUGUAACAUGUGAAAAAGUUAUGGAUUUACAAGCUUCUGGUGGAACAUCAAGAAGAGGGACUACGAAAAAGAAACAAUCAACAGUAUUGGAAGGAACAGUGAAAGAGGUUGACUCUUGGAACUUUGAACAACCUUCUCAGAGGGGUCAGGAUCAUAGACCUGCAUUUACAUCUGUUGAUGAGAAUGAAGUUAGUAAGUCAUUGAGGAAACUUAGAAAGAGGAUAGCUGUUUGUGUUCCUGCUGACGAGAGAGAGAAUGGGAUUGAUGAAAGUGAGAAUGUCCAUAAGGAAGCUUCUAAUUGUUCUGACAUGGAAGAAGAUGACGAAUAUAGAGGGAAGGAUACGUCUCGGAAAAGGAGGGCACCAAGAAAAUUGAAGAAGCGUGCACCUGAAAAUGAUGGACCAAUUCAAAGGCAUAAAAAGGCAUCUGAAGGACAGGAUCCAUCAGAGAAAAAACUUAAGAAGAGGUUUUCUCAUUCUACUAGACGAAAGAGAAGACUAGCAGAUAAAGUGUUGCUUGAAACGGCUGAGGAUGAGAUCAACCCUCAAAAGCUUCUUUUUAGAGAUCUUAUGCUGCUUGCAGAGGCUAAGGAAAGGUUAUUGAAUAAAGAAGUUGCGGCAUCAAAAAAGUCCUUUCCCUAUAGAAGUGCUAAUAAUUCUGUUCCAUACGAUGCCUCAUAUAAUGAAGAUGACUUCUUUGCAUCAAUGCAAGAUCUAAACUCAGCUGAUGACCAAGCAACUCAACAGGUUCAACGGAGUUCCUCUAAAUUGAAUUACCAUUCCUUCAUGGACAGAACACUUUCUGAAAGAUGGUCGAAACAGGACACAGAGCUGUUCUAUGAGGCUAUUAGGCAAUUUGGCACAGAUUUUGCUAUGAUACAACAAUUAUUUCCUGGUCGUACACGUCAUCAAGUGAAAUUGAAAUAUAAGAAAGAAGAACGUCAACAUCCUUCGAGGGUUUCUGAUGCCUUAACUAAUCGUUCUAAAGAUCAUUCCCAUUUUGAAAUAGUGAUUCAACGAUUACAAGCUGCUGCUGAGGCAGAGAAGAAUUCUGAUGGAGAUGUGGCUUUAGCUGCUAUGACAGAUGAGGAAGAGGUGACUCGUGAAGAAAAUGAAGAAGCAGCAAAAUCAGACCAGAAAGUAGAACAAGUAGGAAACAAUCUUGAACCCGAGGUUCCUGAAGUUCGUAAUACUGGGAUGUCUCUUGACAAUGAAGAUGAUUUCUGUAGGUGGAGUCAAUAUAGAGGUGCAGAUUAUUCUUACCCUGAAGAUGAGGGAAAGGGUGAAUAUGACUAGUAGCGUACUAACUUUUUUUUUUAAACUGUAUAUAACUUACUUUGUCU